AUGAACAGCUUCAGGGAAGAUUCUCCAGAUUGGCUGCGCUCUUUUCAGGUUUACCCUGCUUGCAAUGAUACAGGGAGUGAGGAGGAGGGAAAGGUUUCUAUGGGAGAAAUGUCCAAGAAAGGCUUGUUGUCUCAUACAGGAAAUAAUUCAAUUUGGGCUUUAUCGUCAGAUUCUGAGUCUUCUCCUAAAAGGAAGGAGAAAAGGUCUUUAUCUCAAGAAAGUGGUGAGACCAGUGAUCUAGUUCUGACCGGAAGAGCCGAAAAGUCUCCACGAAAGAAGACUUCUAAAGGAAUAUCUCCGAAAAAGAGGGUAAAAACUGGGGGUCAGACUCCCAAAAAGGAGAAGAAUGUGAAAGAUGAUGCAAAGGUAACAGAAAAUGAUGGUAAUGUGGAAACUGCCGAGGAUGCGGCAUUAGAAAAGCACAUUGAACCUCAUGUUCUCACCUCAAAGUUGCCUUUGGUGAUGUCUGAGAAAGUUCAACGCUCUAAGGUACUUGUUGAGUGCGAAGGGGAUUCCAUAGAUUUGAGUGGUGAUAUGGGAGCUGUUGGUCGAAUUGUAGUUUCUGGUUCUGCAUCUGAAAAUCAUGAGAUGUUCGUAGACUUAAAAGGAACCAUAUACAAAACAACAAUAGUGCCUUCCAGAACAUUUUGCAUCGUUAGAUUCGGUCAGACUGAGGCUAAGAUAGAGGCGAUCGUGAAUGACUUCAUUCAGCUGAAGCCACAAUCCAAUGUUUAUGAAGCAGAAACAAUGGUGGAAGGUACACUAGAGGGCUUCUCAUUUGAUUCUGAAGAUGAAGCUGAGAAAAUGUCGAAGGCAGUUCCUCAUCAAACCGAUCAAAACGAGGAGAUUGAUGUGCAAAUGAAGGGGAAAUCCAAAGGAAGAGCUGAGAAAACAUCUACGGCGUCUCGGAAGAGAAGUAAAACAGUUGGAGGGAAGUCACAGCCAGCCAAGAAAGCAAGAAAGAAGACUGGCAUUUCAAAGAAACCCAAGGCCAAAAAAUGAGAAGACAAAUCAAUGCUGAAA